CGGUUUCGAAUGAUGAGCUUUUGAAUCUUCUUGCUCUACGCCGACCGUACUGUAUCUUCCCCAGCGGCCCAGCCAACUCCGAAACUCACCGGCGAUACAAACGGCGAAGUUGAAGUUUUAGGAUGGAGGGCUUAGUUUCUCCGAGAACUGUAUCGCUGAAUCUCAAAGCCAAACUGAAGCCGAAACACGAUUACUUCUCAUCCUUAAUCGUACGUUCCGUUCCAAUGGACCCGCAUACACGCCACACUGUCGCUGCCUCCAUUCGAGCUCAACAGGCUGACAGCAAGGAUGUGUCAGCUGUAAUUUCUCCUGUGAAGAAGGAUGUUGAGAUUGCUCUUAAAGUGAAAGAGUGGGAACUGGGGAUGUUCCAAAAUGAGGUAGCUGCUAGCCAAGGUAUAAGAAUAAGGAGAAGGGCUCCAACUGGUCCUCCUUUGAAAUAUGCAGGACCCUUUGAAUUGCAGAUUCAGAAUGAGGGCAAUACUCCUCUGAACAUUUUAGAGGAAAUCAUAUGGCACAAGGAUGUUGAGGUUUCUCAGUUAAAAGAAAGAAUGCCAAUUGAUAUACUGAAGAAAGCCCUUCAGAAUGCUCCACCUGCUAGAGAGUUCAUUGGAGCUCUUAGAGCUGCCCAUUUACGAACUGGACUGCCUGGUUUGAUUGCCGAAGUAAAGAAGGCUUCUCCCAGUAGGGGAAUCAUCAGAGAGGAUUUUGAUCCUGUUAAAAUUGCCCAAGCCUAUGAGAAAGGUGGAGCUGCAUGCCUCAGUGUUUUGACGGAUGAGAAGUAUUUUAAAGGUAGCUUUGAAAAUUUGGAGGCAAUAAGGAGUGCUGGUGUAAAGUGCCCUCUACUGUGCAAAGAAUUCAUAAUAGAUGCAUGGCAGAUCUACUAUGCUCGAAUUAAAGGUGCAGAUGCUGUUCUACUGAUUGCUGCUGUUUUGCCUGAUCUUGACAUCAGAUACAUGAUUAAUGUCUGCAAGAUGCUUGGCUUAGCAGCACUUGUGGAGGUUCAUGAUGAGAAGGAAAUGGAUCGUGUUCUUGGAAUAGAGGGCAUUGAGCUUAUUGGUAUCAACAAUCGUAACCUUGAAACAUUUAAGGUUGAUAUUAGUAACACAAAGAAGCUUCUUCAAGGAGAGCAUGGCCAAAGGAUCCUUCAAAAAGAUAUUAUUGUAGUUGGUGAAUCUGGGCUGUUUACUCCUGAUCAUAUUGCAUAUGUACAAGCAGCUGGUGUUAAAGCUGUUUUGGUUGGGGAGUCAAUUGUGAAACAAAGUGACCCUGCAGAAGGAAUAACUGGACUAUUUGCGGCAGCAGCUCAGGAUUCCACCAGAGUUGAGCUAUGCAACAGCAGUAGGAAUGGCCGGUUGUUGCUGAGUAAUGCAAUGAAUAUUUCCACCUGCCAAAAAUAUCUCCCUUGCAUUCAACUCCUACCACCUGAGCCGAACAAACAUUUAAUAACUUCAUCCAUGGGGAAAAAUAUACAAAGAUUGUAGAUUCGACAAAUAAAAUAUUAGUCUGUUUCACUUUAUGUAGGAUUUGAUUUACAAAGAUUGUAGAAAUGAUGUGUAUUUUACAGAAUCACUUGCUUCAUGAUAUGGGAAGACUUGGGACAACACGCAAACAGCUUCAUCAUCCCAUUUUUUUUGUC